UAAGUCACUCUCAGAAAAACUGACUGCUUGCUUCAUGGCUGGAAGUGCACUCUCACUUUCUAAAAGAGGACGGAGAGGGUUAACGUGUAGAGGCAGUUCCAGGAGCUCAGGUGAGGUGUGGCACUUUUUCAUUACCGGGCCCUGCAGUUACAGUGCAAACACCUUGGAGUGCAGCAGCCGCUGCGUGCUUUCUAGAGGAGACUUGCUAUGGCUGACUCUGACAUACACCUAGGAUCAGUACUAGGCAGCUCCGUCUCAAUGGCAAAGGGGCAACAGGCCUAUAAGGGCAGUAACUUCUCAGGUCAGAAAAUGGAGGGUGAAGAACCGAAUGGUUUUGAAAACCAAGAAAGUGCUAAUCCAGCAUCGGAGCUGCAGGGCAGUCUGACUGUAAAUGGUUCUGAGAAGGAAACCAGUCCGUCCAGCUUUCUGGAGCAGGGGAACGGAGUGUGUGGACAUGAAGACAUUCUGUGUGAUUUCUGCUUGGCUGAGAAGGUCCCGGCAGUGAAGUCUUGCCUGACCUGCAUGGUGAAUUACUGUGAGGACCAUCUCCGGCCCCACCUGGAGAACAGCAAGCUGCAGAGCCACAAGCUGGUGGACCCCUCGAAGGAAAUAGACUUGCAGACCUGUGAGGCUCACAAGGGUCGCUUGGGCUGGUUCUGUCAGAUGGAUCUGGUCUGUGUCUGUGAGGAAUGCCUUGCCGGAGAGCACAGCGGACACAGUGCAGUCACCUGUGAGGCUGCCCGGAAGGAGAAAGAGAGAGAACUUCUUCGGACCCAAAUGGAAUAUGACGGGAAAAUAAAGUCUGCUGAGAAUGCGAUUGUCAAACUGCAGAAUAACACUCAGUCUAUUGUGAGCUCCAUCUCUGAAGUGAGAAACCUGGUUGAAGAGCAGUUUGGGGAGCUGCAGGAAGCUGUCAAAAAGGCCCAUUUGGAUGUGCUGUCAUUUUUGGAGGAGAAGGAACGUGCAGCAGUUAAUCAUGCCAAUGGGAUAAAGAUCCACUUGGAACACAAGUGUGCCAUGAUGGAGGAGAACAAGUGCAGGGUGGAGAAAAUGGUCUCCCACACCAAUGACACCCUCUUCCUACAGGAAUACUGCGAAUUCAAGAAGAACGCAGGGGUGGACACGCUUCCCAGUGUUUACAUCGGACUGAAAGAUAAGCUAUCAGGGAUCAGAAAGGUUGUUGUGGAGUCAACAGAUCAUUUGCUACAGCUUCUCCAAAUCUCCUAUAAGGAAAAGCUCCAGGAGUUUGCAAAGGAAGAGGACUGUGGGAUCAAAACGUUGGUAACUGCAAUCGUAUCACCCAAGCAUCGCAUAUCUGCUCCAGAGCCAAAAACUAGAAGUGACUUUCUCAAAUACACAUUCCCAUUAACAUUUGACCCAGUCACAGCUCACAGAUAUCUCAGGCUCUUGGAGGACAACCACAAGGUGACAAACACCACUCCUUGGGAACACCCAUACCCAGAUGACCCAGAAAGAUUUGAGCACUGGCGUCAAGUGCUGUCAGAUAAGAGUAUGUACAUUGGUCGCUAUUACUUUGAGGUUGAGAUAUCAGGACCUGGCAUUUACCUUGGUGUGACAUACAAAAGCAUUGACCGGAAGGGGUCAGAAACUAAUAGCUGCAUCUCAGGGAAUGACUUCUCCUGGAGCAUCAAGUGGAAUGGCAAGGGAUUCUCUGCAUGGCACAGUGAUGUGGAGAUGCCACUAGAAACGGACACAUUCAGCAGAAUCGGCGUCUACCUGAACUACCCUAGAGGGACUUUGUCCUUUCAUGGGAUCACUUCUGAUACCAUGACGUUGAUACACGAGUUUGAGUGUGAAUUUGCUGAGCCACUGUACCCUGCCUUCUGGCUUUCAAAGAAAGAAAAUUCUGUUAAGAUAAUAAGACUGGGGGAAGAGGCAGAGAAAAUCCCAGUUUCUUCCUCUAAGGAAGUCCUUUCUUCAAAUGCAAAUUCAGCAUCUGAAUUGAAUGCAGCAGCCAGGACCUAGGAUGUGGAUGAGUGCUACUGUUGUAACAAGUAGUUGGGAAUAUAUGUUACUGGGGUUUCAAGAAUGGGUUCCAUAACCAAAGCUGGUUUCAAGAAUCCCAUACUCUAGAGAUGGAAAAGACCUGACUUGAUCUUGAUGCUUAAUCCAUCCUUCAUGCUGGCCUCUCUCUGGGGGUCAGCACUGAUUGCACCCUCAAUAUAUUUUUGCCUAUUUUGUUCAGUGUGAUUUUAACUUCUCUUAAAAGGACCAGUAUUCCACCACUCCCCUGGGAACCUAUUCCAACUGGGGACCCAAUUCUGAUCUCACUUACGAUGCAUGGAGUGAGGUCAAUCAGCAUAGAUCUUUUGAAAUUAGUGGGACAGGGGUGUGUUAUACCGGCUGAAGAUCUUUAGUGGAGUUACACUACAGUAACAUCAAAAUGAUAGGAUUAGAUACCAACCCAAGGACUGGUAACCUGAAUCUUUCAAAACUCAUAGAUCUCCUGAAAAAAAAUCCCAGUAGCUUAAACAUCAUCAGUUAAUUUGAAAGAAUAAAUUUCUUAUUAAAGGAGA